AUGCCGACGUUUCGCCAGGCGGUUGAUUUAAGAGGCUACGAUCGCGAGAUGGAGACCGGGUCGAUUCAGAAAUGCACUAAGGAGGAGGAGGAGGAGAAAUCACCCUCGUCAUCGGUCGACGGUGACCGUCGUAGCUGCAGGAAAAGUCAACGCAACAGCGACAACGAUCAUGACGACGUUGAGGGUCCUCCUCAUUCUCACUCUCGUAUUGCUCAUCUUUCGCGUAUUCAUCCUCCUCCGCCGCCUCGUACUCAUUGCUGCUUCUCCGUGAAGGAUAUACUCAAGUUGCCGACGCGUUUGACAACGAAAGAACUGGGCGCCGCCGCCCAGCGACAACGACGAAUCCCGAUGUACGGUCUGAACGACUUCCUCUCGUCCCGUAACCUCAUGACAAACACCGGCCACCCUUACAAUUUAUCGCCCUCUUCUGCUGCUUCUUCUUCGUCCGUCUUCUCAGCCAACAACUUCUUGUCGACGACAAUUACCGGCUACGAAAACAUUCCCCCUGCGACGGUACCCGUUGUUGACCCAUCGUCAUCGAGUAACGGUACUUCAUUGGGAAUUGGAUUCCACGGUUUCUAUCAGGUGGUAAAUGAUGAAGUAGGUUCUCAGCCGUCCUCAAAUCCCCUCUCCUUCUCCUGCGUUCCUCAGCAGUUCUCCCAGACGCUUUCCAAUUCACCGUUCUCGUCAGCCUCCUCCUCUGCUUCGAAAGGCAGCAAGCAGCCCACAUCUACCGCCGGUGAUCUACACCACCUCAAUUCCUCGUCGUUUUCCGUCGAGCCUUACGUCAACGUCAACGACCAUUUCAUCGUCUGCGACCACAACAUACCGGAUUCGUAUUCGUCUUAUAAACAAGUGCCGGCAGCACCCUUGCCUCUGCAACUGCAGUCCUUGAAUGACCAGACAGAAAGCCUUCGUUCAUGCCACGUCAUCGAAGAUCACGAAUCCGAAGACCCGUCAGUUUGUCGCCUCGCGGUGAACAAGAAUUUAAAGGAAGUGGUGGAACUGUCCAACACACUGACCAAAAAACAAUUUGCGAAUGUAUCGGCCAGUAGCGACCGUCCUUCCUUACUUGGUGCUAAGACGGCGACGAUUGGCAACAACGGCAAUGGAGACCAGCCGGAAGUGGACAGUGACGAGGACACUGACCGCCAUCGACGUCAUUGCUCUGACCUGAACGGUGGCGAUGGUGGUGAUGGCCAGAACAAGUGCCAAGACGAAGACAUGGAGGAUGACAACCGGAAACAGGAACGGUCGAAGAAGCGGAAACGAAGGAUUCUGUUCACCAAGUCGCAGACCUUCGAGCUUGAGCGACGUUUCAGACAACAGCGCUACCUGUCUGCAUUGGAAAGAGAAAUCCUGGCCAACCAAAUUCGCCUGACCCCGACCCAGGACAAAGGCUUCGGCUCGGGAAUGAAUAGCUCGUUGAUGGCCCGCAGGAUCAAUAUUCCUUUGCUGGUCCGCGACGGUAAACCGUGCCCCAUUCAUAAGGCGGCAAUGGACGCCACGACUAAUCCGAUGAACGGCAGCGGCAUGCAGUUCAUGACCCAAGGUCACUUUUCGUCGUUGCCCACGUCGGUUGACGCCGCGGCGGCGGCGGCUGCCGUCCAGACGGCCAACGGCAACUUCCUGUCCGGCCAUACGUUCGCUGCCAACCACCAGUCGCAGAACGCAAUCGGAUUAGCCCCGGUCAAUUCGGUGAUCACGCCGCACUACUACCUGCAAAACACGUGGUGGUAA